AUUCCGAUGUGUGUAGAUCAGUACAACUUCGUGAAAUUAUGACCUAUCACUUUUGGAAGCUAUCUCUUUGAUGAAUGACCACACUGUCCAAAUAUUACAAUAGGUAUGCUAAUUACCUGGGGAUAUGGAAAGGAUUUCUUAUAGUUAAAGGUCAUGGAAAAUAUUGUUAACAGAUGCCAGGGUGUGUGAGAUGAUAAUAUAACCCAAUCUGACAUUGUGUUGAUGGGGUCACAGUGAAGAUCAACUGGGCACACAAAGAGAGAAACUCUGGGAACAUAGAUGUGAGGAAGUUCCAAGCUGAAGGCAUAGGAAUGUGGAAAAGUGGUUUAAUCGGCUUAUUAUCUAGAUAAAGUUGGAGGGGAUCAGCAGGAGUCGGACCAUUCAGGAUGAUGGUGGCAGACAUCACCUGACUGGCUGUUCCCUAGCCAGCCCCAGACAGCUGCUUCCCUAUCGUAUGGCUUGUCUCCAGGUCAGAAAGGGGCUUAUCCAUUCAGGGGACAACAGGACCUGUGAACAUGGGGUAAUCACCCUUGGAUUAUUCAGGAUUAACAUCUCUUAGUGAAAACUGGAUUUAAUGACAGAAUUAUUUUUUACUGGAUGUAUUUUAUUGACUUAACAUUAUCUACAAAUGUUAUUGGAAUAUCUUAAAUCAAUGGAAGUUUAAGUGUUUAAAUGUGAAUUAAUGUGAUAUUGAAAUUUUAAGUGUUUGCUUCUUAAGACAAUGUCACAGACCAAUAGUGUGUCAGUAGACAAUGUCCGUCACAGGUCAGCACGGGCGGUGGAGUACUACAAACAACGAGUGUUACCCAUUUAUCAGGAUAAACGGGACCCGUCCCCAUCCUCCCGUCAACGUCACCAUUAUGGGUCAGAGGAUAACCUGAACGGCCUCAACUCUAGUACAGGGGACAUCAAGGGAGGUGGUGGGGACAAGAAUCGACAUGUAGGAUUCAAGGACACCAGAGAUAACGAUUCCUCUUCACACAAUGGCGAAAGCUGGCUCGUCAGGGGUGGUCACCGUGCCACAUUUCACGGAACUCAUUCUAGUUCGUCGUGGAAUAAAGGCAAUGGUAGAAGCGAAGCAUCAUCAAGGGGGAAUAACUCUCAUUCAAAAUCUGUCCAAAAGCCACAACAGACUCCAGAAAGUAGUGUGAUGAGUAGUAGUGUAAGUAGUGGUAGUUCUUCUACAAAGCGAUUCAGUAGGGGACUUUAUCGCAGUAACAGUAAUCUGGAGAUGGACAGUAUCGAGUACAUUGAUGCUGACGAUGUGCACAAUCGCAGUAUACACCGUGACUACGGAAGUACUUCCUCCCUUGAUAUCAUGGGUACGAGCACAAGUAGUGACAGCUUCUUUGCAAUGUUAAAAGAUUUCAAGGAUGUUAAUAUAGAUCAGCGUAGUCCUGCUCCUGCCAAAUUAAGUGAGUUAUUAAAGGGUGGGUUUGAUGUGAAGGCCAACAAUAUUAGAGAUCGACAUUUUGAAAAGACUUCAAAUGGAAGUGUUCCUAUAGACAAAGUGGUCGGAGAGGAUGAUGUGGACAGUCCUAGAACAAAAUCAAAAUUCAAACAUAAAGACAGGAAAUCAAGGGCAAAAUCUAUAACUGCAGAAACAAGACCGCAAGGUCUGUUAAACAAACUCCGUGGUAAAACGGAAGUGGAAUCUGGAGCAAAGACUCCAGAAAAUAUUGACAUUGACCUCCGUGCAGAGGAGAGGUUACGGUGCAAGGCCAUUAACCACUAUGACUGUCAGAGUCUUGGAUUCAGCAUUCAGGAUGUAGUGGAUAAGCAGCACCAAGCCCUGACUGCGAAAAACAUAUCAACCGGAGCGUCUGCCGCUUCUGCAAAUCGCAAUAGUUUUGCUGCCGACAAAGAUGCACCAGACAUCUUGGAAGAUACGGACGAUGGUGAUAAUAAGAGCAAUGGUCUUGUUUUAAGUUGUCCGUUUUUCCGGAAUGAGACAGGAGGAGAGGAGGAAAGGACGAUUAGUCUAGGCAAGACUACUGUGUCGAAAAGUCCCCCUCUUCUCAAUACGUCCCCAAGUGCAAUAAAUACCAUACCAAGUCGGUCUCCAGCCUGUUGUGGUUUAUCAAUACUCGACUCGGCCCCAACACCAACUGGACUUAUACUUCCCCAUGUCGUGUUACACAGGGGUCAUGUGAUAGAAGGGGAUGACCGUGGCGCUACCUACUAUCGGCACUUUUUCUAUGGCUAUGACCACCAAAACUACUUCGGAAUAGAUGAAAAUCUUGGUCCAGUGGCAGUAAGUCUGAGACGGGAAAAGCUAGAGGAUCGGGAGAACAACUUGGGAAAGGCAGAAUAUGGCCAAUACCAAUAUAGGAUUAUCUUCAGGACAAGUCAGUUGGUCACCUUACGAGGAUCAAUCCUGGAGGAUGCGAUCCCAUCAUCAGGGGGUCGGCUGAGUAGCUCCCGUGGCCUCCCCAUCAAAGAUAUCCUAGACUUUGCCCUACCAGAGCUCCAGGCUUCCUGUUUAAAACAGUCCCUAUCUAGUCAGAAAACAUCCGACCAGCUCCUGAGGCUGGACGAACAAGGGGUAUCAAAAACAUACAAAAUUGGAGUGAUGUAUUGCAGAAGUGGGCAGUCGACUGAGGAGGAAAUGUACAAUAAUGAAAACUCUGGACCAGCAUUUGAAGAAUUCUUGAAUUGUAUAGCACAGAAAGUGCGGUUAAAAAGUUUUGAGAAAUAUAGGGCCCAAUUAGACAACAAAACUGAUUCUACAGGAACGCAUUCCUAUUACGCCACCUUUAGUAAUUGUGAGAUCAUGUUCCAUGUGUCCACCCUCCUCCCCUUCACACCUAGUAAUAAACAGCAGUUGCUACGCAAACGCCACAUAGGAAAUGACAUUGUAACCAUAGUAUUUCAAGAACCCGGAGCAUUACCAUUUACGCCAAAAGUUGUACGGUCCCAGUUCCAACAUGCCUUUAUCAUCGUCCGCUGUCACAAUCCAUGUACAGAAAAUGUACAUUACAGUGUUGCUGUUAGCCGAUCCAAAGAUGUCCCACCAUUUGGUCCUCAUAUACCAGAAAAUGCCUUCUUUAGCAAAUCCCAAGAUUUUGCUGACUUUUUGUUGGCAAAAUUGAUAAAUGCAGAACAUGCUGCCCACAAGUCAGAGAAGUUCUUAGCAAUGGCCACCAGGACCCGAACAGAAUACCUCAAAGACUUGGCCCUCAAUCAUGUCACGUCUAACACUCCUGAUACAGGGUCCAAACUCAGUAAAUUUGGACUCGGCAGCGGUAAGAAGAGAGAGAAGAGUAAACAGAAAGUUAUCCCUGACAUGUUCUCAAGUGGCGCCAUCUCCUGGAGCAUUGUUGCAGAAGACUUUGGUCAAUCCACCCAGGUAGAUGGUAUACUGGGUAUCUCUGACGAAGUGCUGGUCAUCACAGAGGAGAGUAGUAAGCUGGUCAUCUUCACUGUCCACUGUGGGGCCAUCAUAGGCUGGACCUCUCAGGCCACAAGUGUCAAAGUGUUCUACAAUCAAGGAGAGAGUGUGCUGUUUAAACCCCAGAGUGGAGAAAUGGAGGAAAUUAGUGAGAUCUGUACGAGGCUGUCUGCUGUCUCCCAGGGCUGUGAGACCUUGGAUAUGACAUUACGACGAAACGGUCUAGGACAGCUUGGCUUCCACAUACAGACUGAAGGCAUUGUCACAGAUGUGGAGGCACGUGGGUUCGCAUGGGAGGCAGGCCUCAGAAAAGGAAGUCGAUUGGUGGAGAUCUGCAAAAUAUCAUCGGCAACAUUAACCCAUGAACAGAUGGUCGACCUUUUGAGGACUUCAGUCACGGUCAAGGUGGUUGUGAUACAUCCACUUGAGGACGGGACGCCCAGGGGUGUUGCUACACUUCACACUAACUGCCACUACUCCUCCCUGACCACCCUCAAUGCUGCCAUGCAAGCCAAUGAGCAUGUGCAACAACGUCAGAAAGAGGCUUCUACAAACUUCAGCAAGUCUACAGAGUACAUUCCAAAGACAGGACGAGAAACACCAACGAGAAAAUCAGCGAACUCUGAUGAUUUUCUGUUCUCUGACUCUUCACCUAUCAAUUUAGCAGGGUCGUUGGACCACUUGCACUUGCGAGGAGAAGCUUCGAAGAUUAUUUCAACUGUGACCGAGCACAAUUUGCUCCACCAGAGGGAGCUUUCCCGAAUUUCCUCUAGUUCAAACGAUUCAUACCACCUGCGGGAAAUAUCACUGUCCACUGAUGCUGUUGCUAAGGAACAGAGACGGGAAUCUCGCAUUUCCAGCAGCUCUAGUGAGCAAGGGCCUGCUAGCCCACCCAUCCAUACUGAAAAUACUAAAGUGAUAUAUGAGACACAGAGAGGCUGCCUCACUCUACCCCUACAGAAAAAGUCAACACAGUCUAGAGGUGACAUGCGAGCCUCCCCUCUUAAGGGUCUCAGCCCCCAGUAUCGAGAAUUCCGUCAGGGUAUCUCCAACGUCAGUACAGCUACUCCAGGUCUACACCAUGCCUUCACAGAGCCCAUUCUAUCCAAGUCUUCUAUUGAUGAGGGCUAUGGAACAUCGCAGCAUUCGUCGCGUCACGGCUCGGAUCUGAUGUCAACAAGGACAGAGGACGUUCGACAUGAACGCACAGGGUCCAAAGACAAUGGAGAUUAUGCACUGAUAGGUGUUUAUGUGGAGCUCGACAGACUCGGGUUUUUCUCAGGUGCUAGUGCAAAACAGUGGAAUAGUGCUUCAGCCAGGCAGAACCAGGGUUUGUCACGGAGAUGGAAUGAAUCAAACUCUAGCGGGGACUCCAGUAACUACGGAGGCAGUUAUAUACACUUAUCGGAUAGUUCUCCCAGUGUGACCUCAGGACCAACUUCAUCACAAGGUCAAGGGCAGAGCAACGCCACCUAUCAGCUGCCGAAAAAGUCUUCUCUCCCAUCAGACAUUGAUGCUGCAGUAGCAGCAGUAAAACAUGGCAACUUCUCACUUGAGUUGCUGAAACAGUCACAAAACACAAAGUUCUUAUUGAGUCAAGGUCAAGCAGUGGUCAGUCAGUCAGACCGCAGUACCGGUAAUUCUCAGAGCUCCAGUGUCAAUCUUAGUGACACAUCCUUCUCCAGUGGGUCAAGUCACAACUCGGCCAACGCUCUACUUAACACCCGGGGCCAAACUCAAGGUCAAACUGACCAUCCAGCUGCAGGGUACAAGACUUCAUUAGAGGACACCAGUAGGAAAAGGGCAGACUCUGCCUCGGCCAAUAGUAAAGGGCGACCAGUCGGGUUAUUACAGGGUCGUCACCAGUUACAGUCCUCCUCGCCACUCAGUAGUGAGAACAGUAGUCCCCGAUCAUCCCACAAAAAUCUCUCAGGAAUGUCUUCAGAAGAAUCUCUAAACACACGUCUACGACCAGGUGUGACUACCAAAAUGACACGAGCACAGGCAACGAAUAAUCUUGAGGAGGAACUCAUGAGACUCAUUGACCCUGAUGUCACUAAUACUGAGUUACGAGGUGUCAUGUUGAAUGCAGGUGUUAAGCCAAAGACUGCCAAACUAAAACGAACCAUGUCUGAGGAAAGUUUACACAGCCUCAAGGGUGCCACCCUGUCCAGCUCCCUAGAUAACAAUCUGGCCGACGUCAUCUUCUCUUCCACAACACCCUCCUACAAACAGGACAAAGCCCGCAGGCUGUCACCAGGUACAAGUACUAUGAUGGACAGUCUGACUAAAACUGCUGUCAAACCUGGUACUAAUGUCCCCCUGCCCGAGUCUACGGCGGGUCUGGAGUGGUCAAGCCUAGUCAAUGUUGCCACAAAAGCCAUAGAGGGAACAGGCACAGAAGGGAAAGGUGCGAAAGCCAAGGCACCACCUGCUGUGGAUGUCAAGGAGGAAAUGACUGUGAAGGAACCAGCAAAGAAAUCUGUCCUCACUUCUACCAACUGUCCAACCAACUACAGCUCCAACACCCCAGUCUGGAGACCUGUGGUACCCAACCCACAGCAGCGAAUCACAGAGCUAGAGAACAAGGUAGCACAGCUGGAACAUGACCUUAACAAGGAGAAGCAGGAGAAUGCAGCUUUAGAAGCAGAAGUACAAGAACUCAAACAUGAAAAUGUCCGACUACAGGAGGAGUCGCAGACUGCUGCCGCUCAGUUACGCAAGUUUACGGAGUGGUUUUUCAACACCAUCGACAGACAGAACCCUUAAACAUAGCAUAUCAGACUAAGCAAGUCAGGAAAUGUAGACCAAACUCGAGACAGAUAAUGGAGGGACAUACCAAACUCCAGACAGGAAAGGGAAGGGCAAACCAAAUUUGAGGCAGAAAUAGGAAGGGCAAGCUAAACUUGAGGUUGAGGCAGAAAAUGGAAGGACAAACCAAACUCGAGGCAGAAAAUGGAAGGGAAAUCCAAACUCAAGGCAGAAAAUACAGGAACAUGAUCGAAGAUGAAAAUAAUAUCUGGACUAUUAAACUCAAGAAAAGCAGACUAUACAGUCAUAAUGUCAUAAGUGUGUAAUAAGUGAGAUGAUUUGGAUUUGUUGUAAGUUCUUACAUAUGACGUAAGCUAACUGGAAUGUAGUUGAUCUGGAGGCAUUCAAUUGUCACUUAAAAUAUUGAUUCUCAGUGUUUUGAGAUGAAAUAUUAAAUGUGGAAGAGAAUUUCAUGUGAACCGGUGUAUGAUGACUAUACUGAAGUUUAUCUCAUAGUUUCAUGUGGUAAAAUAAAAUGGCAGCAUUAAUAUUGAUAUCCAGUCAAAGUAAUAUAGAUUUCGCGUUGUGAUUUUGAUGGAAGGGAGACAACUCUUUUAAGAACGUAGAGUAGAAUAAUCAGUCUAUUUUGGCAGGUGAUCAUAUUUUCUAGAUUAAUACUUAUAUCGUGGAAGGAAAUUUUCAAAAUUUAUCACUUAGAUAAUGUAGAUGACCCAAUCACUUUCGUGGAUGUAUACAGACUUAAUCACAGGGAUUGGAUUUGGAGUAAGUAACCAUUCCUAGAUCUUUAUUCAGGUGUGUCUUGAGAAGAUCGUAGUAAGGCAGUGAUUGAAUCUCUUUUUGAACUAAGGGUUUCUCUCUCUUUCUCAGUAAUAACAGUGCCAUAAUUUGGUCUGACAAGUAUAAAAAUGCCACAAAAUUUAUUCCACUUGUAAAAUAACUUUCUUGAAAACAAAAAACCAAUAUUUGAAAAUAUCAUGAAAUAAAAAAUUUUUUUCUUGUUCAUACUUUGAUUGCACUUACUUCAAGAACAUUUUAUGAAUAAGUCAUAGGCAUGAAUGAAAAUGGAAAAUUAGCAAUAUUCUUAUAUCAAGAUUAUUUCAUUGAUAAAGAUAUGUUCUUGAAUCAUGAUGAAAAUAACAACUUAUGUUAUUUCACUGAUUUGAGACAAAUUGAACCUUGAUUAAGAAUUUAAAAUUUGAAUUGUAAGAAUAAUAUUUAUAAUGGGUAUAAUUGGCCACAUGUUUUAGACUAUAUACUAUAACUGUUAUCUACAAUUAUUUUUGUACCUAAAGUUGUUGUAUAAUAAUAUCUAUAUUCAUGUCAAAUAUAUUUACUGCUAUGCCAGUUAUUGAUAAAAAAAAUGUACUUAAAACCAUCACAUUACAUACUUAAAUCUGAAAACUAUAAAUAUAUCCAGUAUAUGCCAUAUCAACUCCUGUAGUCUUGUAGACUAUGGUUAAUUGAAUCUGAUGAUGAUCGAACAUAAUCAAGACUUAAACUGCUAAAGUUUGAAAGAAUGUAACAGUGCAAUUAUUUUAUUGUCAAAAACUCAAUGUGCCACUUAACUUUCACUUUCUUUAGAGUUCUGCUGAAACACAUUACCUUUAUAUUAUAUACCUUUAUAUCAUACAUGUAUCUGAAAAAAUCUAGGUCGUUAUCAUAAGAUAUCAAAAGUCGGUACACUUCGGACAAAAUAUUUUUCUGAGAAAAUAUUUGAGCAUGACAUGGUAAAUAUUAUUGGAAUAAAUAAUAAGGAAUUAUUUGAAUGUAGAUUCACUGCAUGUAUGAUGAUUAACUGGUGAGUAUAUUUAAAUUUCAUUGAAGAACUGUCAUGUGGUAUAUAUCGAGCAAUAAGUCCAUGCCUGGUAAUAAGCCCAACCCAGUCUGACCCAGUUCACUAGAAAUGCUAACAAUUGCAAUUUCACUGCCCAAUGAUAAGCCCACUUUGAGUCUAGAAUUAGGUGUUGGCCCCCAGGGAUUAGGUGUUGACCCCCAGGGAUUAGGUGUUGACCCCCAGGGAUUAUUGCAGGAUAAUAGAAUGGUAAUAGAAUUAUUGUAAUGUAUUGAAAUGUAUUUGUAAAUGUCAGUAAAAUGAACGGUGACAUGUAAAACUUAAUAAAAACUAGUUAUGUUUGCUUAUUUCCCAACAUAGAGAAAAGCCCAGAUUUUUGCCAAAAAACAGUCUACAGUGUGGCAUUAUCGUUCUACUCGUCAAACACCAGUCACCUUGACCUCAUUUAUUUAUGUUUUAUUAUGCAAGUUUUUAAGUAUUUCUCUAGGUGCAAUGUUUAAUUACAAAGUCCCAACUAUAGAUAGUGAAUGCUGUGCUGUCUAAUCCACCUUGUGUUACCUGAGGGUAUCUCCUUUAACAUGUAUAUGCUGCACGACCACCAAUUCUGAUUUAACCAUGACAUUUUCCUGAUCACAAAUGGAUGCUUUAAGGGUCACUUCUGUAUUGUCAAACCAUUUUAUAAUGACUUUUUCUGGCAUCAUUUCAAAUUCAGUUGAUGGCUGGUAUUUAUUUUAUAGAAAUUGGUCGAUGAAAUUAUUAGAAAGGGAAGUCGGGUUUACAUGUGAAUGUACAUACAUAUUUGCAUUGGGUUUUAUUUUUCACAAUACUCUAGGAUAGAAAAAUCACAAAAAAUAAAAUACACGACACGACAAAGGGUCCAAUACUGGUAUAUCUUUUUCUCAACACUUGUCAACAAUAGUUAUACAAAAUAUAUGUAUGUACCUAUAUGUUAAUGCAUAUACAUUUUCUUUUUUUAAUUGGUAAUGUCAUUAAUUACCAGCAAGACAAUACAAAAUUUUCUUACCUUAUAUGGUCAGUGAUGUUUGUAUUGGAAUCCUUUUGUCAUUUAAUUUGUAAAUAGUCUUGUAUUAUAAUGAUUAUUAUGUAUUUUAUAUUUUGUAAAUUGUACAAACAUGUUUUUAAAAUACUCAUAUUAUUCUUCUGAUUGAUUUCUGACAAAUGAUUAGGAGCAAUUGUUUUUUUCCUGAAUGUGUCAGGAUUUAUGAAUGAGCAAGUCCACAUCUCAUUCCAUUACUCUUAGUUUGUUGUAAUUAACAAGCAGAUAAUUUAAAUAUCAAUGAUUAUACCUACAAUUCGACUGAAAUAAUGGUAAAAUUUCUUACCCAAUUAUAGUUAACUAUUUAUAUACAAUUAAUGUAUGUAUAUUUUCUGAGAUUGUUUAAAGUUUAGGGGCACUCUUGUCGGGUCAGGCUUCCUUCGUCAACCUUUUUAGUCCCGCCAUCUAUAGUAAUACAUAAUGGUUAGAAACAGUUAAGAAUUAAACUGAACUUAUUUUCUUUACAACUAGCAAGAGGUGUGAUUUAGCAAGAUUUCACUGAACAGCAUAUCUUUACUCCCGUCACUUUGAGAUUGCUACAUUGUAAAAUGAUGUAGAUAGCAUUAUCUUAAGGCCAAGCCUGCAUGCAGCAUUUACUCACAUUCAUAUAUAUACAUAUCUCUUUACUUCUGACCUCAUUGACAUUGUAUAAGACAUUGUGUACAUAUGUCUAGGGCUAACCAAUGAUGUAGUUAGAAAUCUCAACACUUGCAUUUGAACAUAGCAUUAAUUUAUUGUAAAGACAAUAUAAUAAACAUUCUCAUAUACCAUUUUAUUUAUUGUAUAGAAAUCUUGUAUCAUUAUCCAUUUUCUUGUACAUAAUUCUGUAUGAAAGAGUAUAGUCCUAUAUAUAAUAUAGACAUAUGAAAGCAAGUGAUCAAUAAAAAAUAUCAAGAAAUAA